GUGUGUAUUUUUCAGCAACAACAAUGCAGGACAAAGACUGGACAUGUAAAAAAUGUACCUUAGUGAACACACCAACCAUGUUAGCGUGUGUGGCUUGUGGUGGAUCUAAACUGCGCAGUAUUUCUAGUAUAGAGGAAACGACGCUUAAAAAAGGAGAAUUUUGGUCUUGCGUUAAAUGCACAUUAAAAAAUUCAUUAUCUGACAACAUAUGUGGAGCAUGCAAAUCUCCUAGGAACGUAACAAAUCCAGGUCAAACGCAAAAUCAUCUAGCAAUUCCGAAUGUCGCAAGAUUGUCCCGUUGCCCCUCACCCAAGGCAGACAAGGCAACUAAUUCAGGAGCCGUACCAAAGCGACAUAGUACAGGUAGUUUAAUGGCUAAAACAUGUAUUUAUAGUGCAGAAGCUGAUAAGAACCGGUCAAACGAGAAAACCUGGCAAUGUCCAGCUUGUACAUUCGAAAAUAGAUCUGCCAGCGUAGUUUGUGAUAUAUGUUCUAGUCAUCGAUUAAUCACCAAGGAUAUUGCGUGUUCAAUCAAUGUAAAUAGUGAUAUUUUAAAGCAUGAGAGCAAACUUAUGGAAAAUUUAAGGCAAAUUGAGGAGUCAGAAGCACUCAGCAAAUGGAUUAAUAUUAUUCAGUAUUGUAAAGAGAACAGCGAGCUAUUCGUGGACGAUUCAUUUCCACCGGCAACAAAAAGUCUGUAUUAUAACCCUUCAUCCAAUGUAGAAGCUAAUCCAGUUGUACAAUGGUUGCGACCUCACGAAAUCAGUUGUGACGGAGGCAAUUUUCCUCCAUGGGCUGUUUUUCGAACGCCUCUCCCUUCGGACAUUUGCCAAGGCGUAUUGGGAAAUUGCUGGCUACUGAGUGCUUUGGCCGUGCUCGCUGAAAGAGAAGAUUUGGUACGCGAAGUUUUAGUAACCAAGGAUAUGUGUCCACAAGGGGCGUAUCAAGUACGGCUUUGCAAGGAUGGCAAAUGGAAAACGGUUCUAGUAGAUGACCUAUUACCAUGUGAUAAGAAGGGACAUUUAGUGUACUCUCAAGCAAAGCGGAAACAACUGUGGGUUCCUAUUAUUGAAAAAGCAGUCGCUAAAAUUCACGGCUGCUACGAAGCCCUUGUAUCCGGCAGAGCAAUUGAAGGUUUAGCAACACUGACCGGCGCUCCAUGCGAAAGUAUACCUCUCCAGCCUAGUUCCAUUCCACUACCCAGUGAAGAUGAUCUCGACAGGGACUUGAUAUGGGCUCAAUUACUAAGUUCAAGACUAGUGAAAUUUUUGAUGGGGGCCAGCUGUGGUGGUGGAAAUAUGAAAGUAGAUGAAGAUGAAUAUCAAAGAAAAGGACUUAGACCACGCCAUGCAUACUCAGUGUUGGAUGUUAGAGAUAUUCAAGGAAACCGUCUACUCAAGCUACGCAACCCUUGGGGUCAUUACUCAUGGCAAGGUGACUGGUCCGAUGAUUCUACUCUAUGGACUGACGAGUUACGUGAUAUUCUCAUGCCACAUGGAGGAUCUGAAGGUGUUUUCUGGAUUUCAUUCGAGGAUGUGCUCAAAUAUUUCGACUGCAUCGACAUAUGUAAAGUACGCAGUAACUGGAAUGAAGUACGGUUACUAGGAACCUUACAACCACUCUGUGCAUUGUCGUGUGUUCUUCUGACAGUUUUGGAACCAACUGAAGCAGAAUUCACUUUAUUCCAAGAAGGUCAAAGAAAUUCUGAAAAAUCCCAAAGGUCCCAACUUGAUCUCUGCGUAGUAGUUUUCAGAACUCGAAAUCCAGCAAAACCUGAAGUAGGAAGACUGGUAGAGCAUAGUAAAAGACAGGUUCGCGGUUUUGUAGGGUGCCAUAAGAUGCUGGAAAGAGAUCUCUAUCUUCUAGUGUGUCUUGCAUUCAAUCAUUGGCAUACUGGUAUCGAGGAUCCCUCGUUGUAUCCCCAAUGCGUUUUAGCAAUCCAUAGCUCAAAAAAGUUAUUAGUUGAACAGAUAACUCCUCCGCCGUAUCUCCUGGCCGAUGCCAUAAUUAGCCUUACGUUAACCAAAGGCCAGAGACACGAGGGUCGCGAAGGCAUGACAGCCUAUUAUCUCACGAAGGGUUGGGCAGGUCUGGUCGUAAUGGUAGAAAAUAGGCACGAAAACAAAUGGAUUCACGUGAAAUGUGACUGCCAAGAAAGCUACAAUGUAGUUUCAACUAGAGGUGAACUAAAAACGAUUGACUCGGUUCCUCCUUUGCAACGACAGGUAAUAAUAGUUCUCACACAGCUGGAGGGUAGUGGAGGUUUCAGCAUCGCUCACCGUUUAACACACAGACUGGCAAAUUCGAGCGGCUUGCACGACUGGGGCCCACCAUCGGCUACUCAUUGUCCUCCGAUUGACAACGUGUAUGAUCUGCACUCUCCACGUUUAAUAACAUAAACACCGAGUUCCACAUCAUCUAUACCAUGAACGCAGAGCCGAUCAAUAAUAAAUAUUUCAGACAACUUUAAAAAGCAA